UACUUUUUGGGAGGAGUCUAAUCAAAGACUAAGUGGGAGGAGUUUCUAGCAGAAUCUCACGUGACCUCCAAGAUAAUCAGCACAUGGUAUUCCACCAAGAGAAAGUACUGUGCAAAGAUCUCUAAAAAAGGUUGUGAGAUGCCUGUGAAUCAAGCCAAGUUAGACAAGCUGAAGCAACAGCAGGAAGAUGGUCAGGGCUCAAGGAUAGGAGGCAAAGGUACUGCCAGGAGAAAGAGGAAGCAUGUUCACCAGACGGCCACUGAUGACAAGAAAUUACAGAACACACUGCGUAGGCUCAGCGUCAACGCUAUCCAGGGCAUAGAGGAAGUAAACAUGAUCAAGGAUGAUGGUAGAGUGCUCCACUUCAGCAACCCCAAGGUCCAAGCUUCCCUCAAUGCCAACACUUUUGCUAUCAGUGGCCCCAGUGAGGACAAGCCCAUUACUGAGCUAUUGCCGGGGAUAUUCAACCAGCUAGUGUCCACCAAGGCUGUGGAGCAGUUUGGGCAGUUCCGUAAGAUGGGCGGGGCCUUCCCUGGACAGGGUGAACUGGGUGACAUUGACGAGGGAGAGGACGCUGGGGACGAUGAGAUCCCAGAUUUGAUUGGAGAGAAUUUCGAGGAGGUGUCUAAACAAGACUAAACAUUGUCAGCCAGUGAACUUUGAACUCCCUUACUAGCUGGCUGUUAGAUAAUCAAUGCUAUACGUAAACAACCUGUGUUGAUGUUAUGUUAAUGUACGUGUCUUGUACGUGGUAUUGAAUUGUCAAUUUUAAUAACUUG